AUGGAAAGGUGUGGCAUCAAUGUUCUCGGUGUCGCCGAAACCCACUGGACUGGAUCUGGUUUCUUCUCUACCACAGAUGGAGAGAUGGUUAUCUACUCAGGGGGAAAAAUACACAGAGCAGGAGUGGCGGUCUUACUAUCCAAAGCAGUGGCAAAAAUCAUGAUCUCCUAUAAAGCGGUGAAUGAACGUAUCCUGCUAGUGCGCAUCAAGGCAUCUCCAUUCAACAUGUACAUGGUACAGGUGUAUGCCCCAACCACAGAUGCCCCAGACGAGGAAGUGGAUAGGUUCUAUGAAGAAGUCAAACAACUACUACUUGAGUGCCCAAGCCAGGACAUGGCCUUGGUGUUGGGGGACUUCAAUGCUAAAGUAGGUGCAGACAGGCUUGAAGCUGAUGUCUGCGGACCCUACGGCCUAGGAACUCCCAACGACAGAGGGGAACGGCUGGUGGAAUUUUGCCAAGAGAAUGGUCUCUUCAUAACCAACACAGUCUUCAAGCAUCACGAGAGGAGGCGUACACAUGGCUGUCCCCAGGAUGCAGGUACAGGAACCAGAUUGACUUCAUCCUCAUCGGUAAGAGAUGGAGGAAGUGCGUCACAAACUCCCGCGCCUACCAUGGACCUGACGGUGGAUCUCACCACAACAUGGCGGGGGCAAGCCUCAGGCUCAAGAUAA